AUGCUGCCUGUGCCGGCAUCCGAAGAGGAAGAGGAGGAGGAGGAGGAGGAGGAGGAGGAGGAGGAGGAGGAGGAAGCACAGCAGCAGUGCCGCCGCAGCCCCCUGCAGCCGCCUCUGCACCUCUUGGUCCGCCCGCCUUGGCAGAGCUCUCUCUCCUCCCUCCCUCCCUUCCCUUCUUGGGACUGGUCUCUCUCUCUCUCUCCUCCCAGGCAGAAAGCAGGUGCCGCCACCAAUAAAUGUUUAAUUAUCGGAUUAAUAACUCUCCCUGGAGAGAUGGGGAGGGGGCCAGGACGUGGAGGAGAGGCCCCGCUCCCUUUUUAUCCAUCUUUUCCCUCUUUUCAAAAAAACUCCUCUGCCUUCUCUCCAAAGUACACCAGGAAUGGAGUUCUGCCUCCUAGCAACUCUGCGAGCUGCAUUCUGACAGAUCCCUUACAGUCUUUGAAUGCCAAUGAUCUCCAUCUCCUGGAAUUUAAAAUUCCUGUGGAAAAGAAGUGGAGUGUGGAUGCAGGAGGAAUCACUCAAGAGCCGAGACUGAAUCUGAAGAUUAGCUCCAAUGCGCAGUUGACAAGCCAAGAGCAGGAAAAACCUUCUUCUGUUGACACGGAGAGCAAAGGAUAUGAGAGAUGAUUCUGGGGAUUGCUGUUACUGUGGACCUCACUAGGUGGCACUCUUGGAUAUCUCCUCCCCUUGGCACACCAGCCAAAUCCAUCACCAAUUUUGGAGAAGCUAGAGCUACCUUUGAUAUGGUUUGGGUAUUAUUCCUGAAAGUUGCAUAGACUCCCUUUGUGAGGAGGAUGCUAGAAGUGUUGGUUAGAGCAGGCAUGGGCAAACUUUGGCCCUCCAGGUGUUUUGGACUUCAACUCCCACAAUUCCUAACAGCCGGUAGGCUGUUAGGAAUUGUGGGAGUUGAAGUCCAAAACACCUGGAGGGCCCAAGUUUGCCCAUGUCUGGGUUGGAAUCUUUCUUUUGAGGCAAGAAAAAAUCCAGUUGAGAUAUGGCUCCCUUGGAGUUUUAAGGAACAGAAUACUGCUUUGCUUGUGUAUAGAGCUGGGGCUAAACAUUUACACUUCUGCAGGGAGCAAUUCUCUAUUCACUACCAGGACUCAAUGGAGGGCGAUUAAUCACCAAAUAAACUGUUUUGGAAGAGGA